AUGUCUUACGGAGGCGGAUACGGCGGCGGCGGCGGUCGUGGUGGUGACCGUGGCUACUCUAACGGGUACGAUACCAGCAACACUGGAUACAAUGGUGGUGCCCACAAUAGCCACAACUACACAUCCAGCCAACAUGCAUCGUAUGGUGGCGGUUACGGCGGCGGUUCCAACGGAUUCUCUGGCGGCGGUGGUGGCGGCUACGGUGGUGGCGGCGGUGGUUACGGUGGAGGUGGCGGCGGCUAUGGCGGAGGUGGUGGUGGUUACGGCGGCGGCGGUGCUGGCGGUGACAGAAUGGGCCAGCUCGGCGCUGGUCUCAAGACCCAGCAGUGGGAUCUCGAGUCUAUGCCCAAGUUCGAGAAGUCCUUCUACAAGGAGGACCCAGCAGUCACCGAACGCUCAGCCGAGGAUGUUGAGGCGUUCCGCAAGGAGCACCAGAUUGCUAUCAAGGGAACCAACGUUCCCAAGCCCGUCACCACCUUCGACGAAGCUGGUUUCCCCCCGUACGUGAUCAACGAGGUUAAGGCCCAGGGCUUCGAUAGGCCCACACCCAUUCAGUGUCAGGGAUGGCCCAUGGCUCUCUCUGGACGCGAUGUUGUCGGUGUUGCCGAAACCGGUUCCGGAAAGACCCUCACAUACUGCUUGCCCGCCAUCGUUCACAUCAACGCCCAGCCUCUUCUUGCGCCCGGCGACGGUCCAAUCGUCCUGAUUCUCGCACCCACCCGUGAGUUGGCCGUCCAGAUCCAGCAGGAAAUCAGCAAAUUCGGAAAGUCCUCUCGCAUUCGCAACACUUGCGUCUACGGAGGUGUUCCCAAGGGCCCUCAGAUCCGUGACCUCGCACGCGGUGUCGAGGUCUGUAUCGCUACUCCUGGUCGCCUCAUCGACAUGCUUGAGGCUGGCAAGACCAACCUGCGCCGUGUGACCUACCUGGUUCUCGACGAGGCUGACCGCAUGCUUGACAUGGGUUUUGAGCCCCAGAUCCGCAAAAUCAUCGGACAAAUUCGACCUGACCGUCAGACCUGCAUGUGGUCGGCAACAUGGCCCAAGGAAGUCCGUCAGCUGGCUGCUGACUACCAGAACGACUGGAUUCAGGUGAACAUUGGUUCCAUGGAUCUCUCUGCCAACCACCGCAUUCAGCAGAUCGUCGAGGUCGUCUCAGAGUUCGAGAAGCGUGACCGCAUGGCCAAGCACCUCGAGACCAUCAUGGACGACAAGAACAACAAGAUCUUGAUUUUCACAGGUACCAAGCGUGUUGCUGACGAGAUUACACGAUUCCUUCGUCAAGACGGAUGGCCUGCGUUGUCUAUCCACGGUGACAAGCAGCAAAAUGAGCGCGAUUGGGUCCUGAACGAAUUCAAGACCGGCAAGAGCCCCAUCAUGGUUGCUACUGAUGUAGCAUCCCGUGGUAUCGAUGUUCGCAAUAUCACUCACGUUUUCAACUAUGACUACCCCAACAACUCGGAGGACUACGUUCACCGCAUUGGUCGAACUGGUCGUGCUGGUCAGACCGGUACUGCCAUCACCCUGUUCACCACUGAGAACUCCAAGCAGGCUCGUGAUCUCGUCCAGAUUCUUACAGAGUCCAAGCAGCAGAUUGAUCCUCGUCUGCACGAGAUGUGCCGCUACGGCGGUGGCGGCGGUGGCGGUGGUCGCUGGGGAGGUGGCCGUGGCCGUGGUGGCGGCCGCGGCGGACGUGGUGGUUGGACUGGCGGCAACAACGACCCCGUUCGCAACAACCGCUGGUGA